GGUGGGGGGGGAGGAUUGGGAGAACAUAAUAAUGCUUUUUAAAAAUAUAAAAAAUGCAGUUAGUGAAAGAAAAUCCUGGCUGUCUGUGGGAGACUAUAUCCCGACAUGACCAUAGCCUAAUAUUUCUGCCCUUUGCUUCUACUUCAGUCCGUGCUCUUUGCAGCUUGGUCACACAGCUACGGAGAAAAGAAACGGAAGAAAAACAGCUUUAAAACCAUGAUCUUGAAAGUAGACAGCUGAGUGGGAAAUUUGAAGGUCCAAGAAAAAAGGGCUGAGUUUUGAGGAGAAGAGAGCUCGCAUGAUGGAGAUCUUUUUUGAGACAAAAGAUGUGUUCCAGUUGAAGGAUAUAGAGAAGAUUGCUCCAAAAGAAAAAGGGAUUACUUCAAUGUCAGUGAAAGAGAUUCUGCAAAGCUUAGUUGACGAUGGCAUGGUGGACACUGACAGAAUUGGAACUUCCAAUUACUUUUGGGCUUUUCCAAGUAAAGCUCUUCAUGCCAGGAAGCGUAAGUUAGAAGAACUUCAGUCUCAGCUUGCUGAAAGCAAUCAGAAAAAGGAGGCUCUGCAGAAAAGCAUUGAGAAAUCAAAAAUUGGACGUGAAGAUACUGCAGAACGUGCAACGCUGACAGAGGAACUUGCUGCCCUUCGGCAGAAAAAAGAGCAGCUAAAGGCAGAAAUAGACAAAUACAGAGAAUGUGAUCCAGACGUUGUUGAAGAAAUGCGCCAAACAAACAAAAUAGCCAAGGAGGCAGCCAACAGAUGGACUGAUAACAUCUUUGCAAUAAAGUCCUGGGCCAAGCGUAAAUUUGGAUUUGAAGAGAGCAGAAUUGAUAAAAGUUUUGGAAUUCCAGAAGAUUUUGAUUACAUCGAUUAGUUGUUUGGCAGUCAAUGGCUGACACAGUUGUACAUAGUUUGUUAAAUAUUACUCAGCUGGCAUUUAAAUGUGUGCUUGAAUCCUUGCCAAAAUGACUUUAAUUUUGCAGUUUAAUUUGCAGUUUUUGUUAAAGUUAAUAAAAUUCUAAAAAUGUU